AUGAACACACACGCACUAUACACUGAGUGGAUGAACGCAGGAUGCGGGCGCCGUGGAGACUGGGCGUGCGUGUGUGCGCGACGGAGCGCGCUCUGCGGAGGCAGUUGGCGAGCUGAGUGCGCGAAACCGUUCGGGAGUGCGUUGGACGCGGGCGUUGGACGCGGGCAUGCUGAAGACUCGGCGCUCUUAGCCGUUGGAGACGUUGAUCCGCUGACACACACGCCCGUCGUCAAGAUCUACCUCCACGCGUUCCUCUCCUUCCGGGACAUCUACUUCGACGAGGCGCAGUCCGUCCGCGGCCUUCUGGACGAGGACUCGAUCCUGGCCGUCCGCGUCGCGCUCGGCCGCCGCGCGCUCGAGGCGUCCUCGUCCAAGGUUGACACCCUCAGGCUCGUCUCCGACAUCGACGACCGCCGCAUGAGGCGCCACGCCGCCCGCAUCGUCGCGCUCGCCGACGCGCGCGUGAUCCGCUUCCUGUCACCCUUCGCCGCCAGCGAUGCCGACGCGCGGAACGCGUGGUCGCUCGACCUGCCCCCCGCGGCGCGCGAGCUGGAAGUCAUCACGAGGAGCCACCUCGCGCCCACCAUCGCCGGGCCAGGCGCAGCCGCCCUGCGGAAGCUCCGCCUCGACUACGCGGUGCUCAGCGAGUGUCCGCGCCUCCCGUCCCUGGUCUCCCUGGACCUCAACAGCGUCACCGUGGAAGCCCCGUUCGCGCCGGGCGCUUGGUGUCCGCUUCUCGACGAGCUGGACCUGUUCUGCUGCGAGAUCAGACAAGCCCGCGUCGACAUCCGCCUGCCGCGGCUCAGGUUCCUUGACAUGGACUCUGUCGACGUCGCACCGCACCGUCGAGACACCGAGGCGCCGUACGGAGUCAUCACCAUCGACGCCCCGGAGCUGAUACAGUUCGAAAUUGACUGUGCGGCUGGAGGCACCACGGACUACAAGUCAUUCACGCUGCGGGCGCCGAGGCUGCGCCUCUUGGGCUGGCGCAACCAGUACUCUGAGCGCAUGGUCAUUGACGUCGGCAGGCCGGGCAGCGUCAAGUUCGGGGGAAUCACGUUGAAGUCGAUCUACUCACGCGGCGUGAUGUAUUACAGGGAGUAG